CUAAGUCUGGGGAUGAUUUUCGACGAGUUCCCCAUUUACAUAGUACAGUACUUACACCGUUACAUACUAAUUCCCUAAUUCCCCAUCGCAACAUUUUCGAACCAACCAAGCAUAAAAUAACUGCGGGACGAUCAGCUGCAGCUCCAACUCUAAUCGGAUAACAAGAUCCAAAUUGAUCUUCGAAUCACGCUCCUGGAGGAAAUUUGUCCCUGGAGUCCCUGGACCUAUGCACAUGUGGUAGCGAAGAAAAUUGUCGUGUUGCUGUCUUGCCGCUGUCAGGUCCUGCGGCUCCUUUCUCGGUCAAUGCGCUCCAUUGCUACCCUUCUUCAGCUGAAUUAGUUGUUGUCAUAACCGCGAACUUCAUGGCCCUGUCACACCAAUUGAGCUUUCUAUUGGAUAGUUAGGAGUCAGGUGUUCCUGUUUGAAUUCAACCCCCGUCCGUAACCCGGCCGAAAAGUCCUUGGAGCCCUCUUUUUUCAUUAUACCUUUGGAUAGCAAGUCCGAUCCCAGCUACCCAGCCACCACCAUACGGCAAAUUCCUUCAAUGGCAUUAGAACUCCAUGUUUGGGGUCCAGCAUUUGGACUUGACUCCAUCGAUCCCGAAUGCCUAGCUGCCGUUACAUGCUUCCGUAACCAUGUUCCCCGCGAACAUUGGACCCUGAUCGCCAGCAAUGACGCUGCAGUUAGCCCAGACCACCGCCUCCCCGCUCUGAAUCACAGAGGUACCUGGACUUCUGGAUAUACGGAAAUCAUCUCGUACCUUACAAAACAGAAGUAUCUACACAUUGACGAUGACCUCACACCGCUUCAGAAGGCGGAUUCCCUUGCCUGCGCCUCGUUUUUGGCGACACGCGGCUCUGGUUUGCUAGCUAUGUCGCUCUACGUUUCACCAAGGGCGUGGGCCGAGAUAACCCGGCCAGCCUACUCAUCCCUACUCCCGUUCCCGCUCACGUGGACCGUACCCCCGGCUAUCCGGACCGGCGCGAUUGAGAAGGUUGAGCACUUAGGUAUUGGCCACCUCGCGGCUGAAGUAGACGCAGAGGAGUCGCCUAGCACUCUAGCUGAAACGACGUCUACGGGGUUUCUUAAGCUUCGGGACCGUCUAGGACCUAGUAAGGCCAUGCAACCCGAGCACACAGCUGCGAUUCGCUUCCAGCACUUCGCGGAGGAUUUCUAUUCGGUGCUAGAUCAACUGCGCGGGGAAAAGUCGUUUUUCCUACGCGACGACGAUGACGAUAGCGGACCGUCGUCGAUUGAUUUCCUAGUCUACGGCUACCUGCAGCUGAUGCGCGUGCAGACGCCGCACCCGAUCCUGAAGACCGUUCUAGAAAAAUCCUUCGCGCGCCUCGUCGCGUUUUUGCACUCGAAGGAGCUAAGCACGCGCUCCUACGAGCUGCCGUGGAGGCAGCCUACGCCUAGAGGGGCACUCGGUUUGAUUGGUCGCUUUGCGGAAGGAUCGAUAGAGGCUACGCCGGGCGUUGGAGACAGCUGGCGCAAGUGGCGUAAAGGAGGCGUGAUAAGUACGUAUAGUAAUGGUACUACUGAUGACGUGAGGGAUCCUACGCAGCUGAUCCUCGCUGCUGGGACGCUGGUCGCUGGUGUCGCGGCGUUGGGUGCCACGGUUCUGUUUCGCGCGCUAUCCCCUUUUGGCGCAGCUACGCAUCGCUUUGAACCUACUAGGGCGAAGAAUUCGGGAUUCAACCAAUUUGGUGGGAUACGGUAUGGUCGGUACUAAACGGAUUCCCCAUCUGGGAGCAGCCGAGUAGAUUCCCGCUUAGACAGGGUAAUGUGCACGAGGGCAUUGUGGACAUUAGUAUCGAUGUGAAGGAUGAGCCUAGUGUCCCGCCGGCGAGGAAUAUGUACGCAGUGCCCGAAUCGGACUCUUGACCUUCAUGAUUAGUCUCAGGCUUCGCGCUACAUGGGCUGCUGGGGUGGUGAUGAUCUGAAUGACUCAAUGACUAAAAGGGAUUGGGUUCCUUGGACAUAAAAGCAUGAGAUACCAUUGAUAAACCGACGAAUUCAUUACUACUCUAAGGAUAGCCUAUAUAUCUAGUAGGAUCGCGUCGAGUGAUAUGGUCUAUUUCGUGAUAAUUAGCCUACACCAUACACACAUCCGAUAUGAUAUGUUCGAUCUGACAACAAAACAACAAAUCCCGAUUUCCCUACUCCAAACACCUAACGAUGAUAUUCUCAUGCGAGAUAAUCCUCUGUGUUAUUUCCGUUUAUCUUCCUGUUAUAAGCGUAUCUUCCCUUCACCAAAUCCUUCGGGGUCAGCGAACGGUGCGAGAACGAGGAGCGGUUUCUUGGAGUUGAGCGGAAAUAUGCCGCAUGGUAGGUAGAUAGUUAUAAAUAACACUAAAUGAUAUAUCAUAUCAUGAGUAAGAAACUCCAGAGAUGUUGGAUAGACCUAGUCGAUAGUUGAUUUUUGCAAGAGGGCUCGGCUCUCGUUUAAUAUAACCGUUUAUUAGCAGGC